AACCCACCUUAUCGGGAAGUUUUUACAGUUAUCAGAUUUGAAAAAGACAAGAGUGGCAUGAUUGAGUUUGUGUGUUUUUCCGUUGUCUUGACAACUGAAACGUCAUCGUUCCUGGAGGAACCAUUUUCAAGGGGUCAGUCACCAAAGACAGUAACCACAGACGCCUGCACUUUCCCUUACUUGAUCAUCUUGAUCUUACACCCAGCUACAGCACAGAUGUCUCAAACCAUGCAGCAACUCAACUCAUCAAACAGCUCACUCGCCACUCCUGUCUCAGCUGAAUACCUGAUUGGGAGUAGUGUACUGGCAGUUUGUUUCAUACUGGGUGUACCUGGGAAUAUUGGAGUAGUGGUAUAUCUCUUUGGAUGGUUGAAGGGAGACAGUUUCACCCCGAGACUGAUGCUAAGUCUGGCCAUAUCAGAUCUGCUCACUCUGCUUUCUCUGCCAGUUUGGAUUUGGACUCUUCUUCAUGGCUGGGUCUUUGGCGUGGUCCUGUGUAAGCUUCUCUCCUAUUUGGUGUACUUAUGCAUGUAUUGUAGCAUACUGUGUGUGGUUUUGAUGAGCGUUCAGCGAUAUAUGCAAGUGCUGCAUCCUCAGAAAUGGAACAAGCUUGGCAGGAAAGGAAAGAAGAUCCUCUUGAUUGGAAUUUGGAUCUUAAGUGCAGUAAUAUCAUCCUAUGCUCCUGUACAGCGCACUGUAAGUCCAAACAGGGAAGGACAGCUUCAGUGCAGUCUACGUUACCGGAACAAUGUUGAAAGAGUGGGUACUUUACUCUGGGAGAUUAUAAUAUUUGUGGUUUUGUUCCCCACACUGGCUUACUUCUACUUUCGUCUUCAGCAAGGAGUUAAUAACUCAACAUUCUUUCGCAGUCAAGCACUGACAAAGCUGGUGACCAGAAUUGUGGCCUGUUUCUUUAUUUUUUGGUUCCCAUUACUCAUCUCCAACAUUAUGAUUGUCACUGCUGUGUUGCUUGGGAAUGACAGUCUGUUAAGAUCUGCAGAAUCUGGUGACAAUAUUACUGCAGCUUUAACUUUCAUUAACAGUUGUGUGAACCCCUUCCUGUACGCUUUCUCUGCUUGGGCUACACAGAAGCACGCAACUGGAACAGAAAAUACUAAUGUAGGAGGUUUGAGAGAGUUUAUGAAUUCUCACUGACAGACAGUGACUUGUUGCAUUUUAAAAAGAUUUUCAUAUAAUUGUACUUAUUAUUCCAUCUAUUGUUAUGAUUGGUUUUGCUACUUUUUAUCAUUUAUUUUAAACGGGUUCUUAUGGCCUCCUUUGUUGAGUACUUUUUGUCACUGUGACUUUUGGU